ACCAGGUAAGGAAAGAGUGACACAGAGGAUGGGCAGAUUGUGUGAGAAGGCAGAGAAAGAAAGAGAGAGCAAAAGAGUCUCAACAGAAGGAAGUUAACAAAAAAUAGAAGGAGAACAAAAGACACAUCAUACUGAAGAAUGGGACUUGUGCAAUACUUUCUGAUUGUCCUGAUGUUAUCUUCACAUUUGGUGCUCACCUCUCCUCUGACAAAGUGGACGUAUGAAAUCAAUGGCAAAACGUGUAACUUGUGCCCUGCAGGUGAGUUUCAGAAGUCUUGCACAGAGUGUCAGCCCUGUCCUGCUGGAACCUUCACAUCUGACUGGAACCGUGAAAACAACUGCCAUCGCUGCUUCGGAGACUGCAGACCAGAUUAUCAUCUGAAGGUGGUUCAUAACUGCACCAGCGUGUCCAAUACAAAGUGUGUCUGUGAGGCUGGUUUCAGAUGCACUCAGAAGGUCCAUUACACAGAUAACUGUGCAUCCUGUGACAAGAUCCAGGAAACAACCACAACUGGAGCAACAGUUGUGACCUCAGGAAAUGAUAAGCAAACGCCUUCCUCCAUUUCCAUUUCCUCAGGACAUAGCAGCACUUCUGCCAAACCCUGCCAGUUUCCCAAAUGUGAUCUUCAGACAGUCCCAUCAACACCCAGCGCAGACGUGACGAGCAGUCAGCUGGCAGCCAUCUUGUGUCCAGUGGUUGUUAUGGGAUGUGUGGCCCUUGUGAUCCUGUUCUGCAUCCGUCGCCCAGGAGAUGAAACAUGUCUCAAGCAAGCGUUUGCAGAGCUAUGUAAUGAGGGAAGGCAAGAUGCUUCUAACAAGUCAAAGGAGCCAAGUCAUCAGCUCCCCAGAGACUCAUUCAGUGCAAAGCAGCAGCCACCAUCCCCUUCUGCAGCUAAUCUGGGUCCAGUCCAUGUCCACAACCCAGGGACAGUCAUCAUCAGCUUGCUCAGCCAGUUUACAGGGCAAGUUGGUCCGACAGUUGAAGGUGGAAAGAUGGCUGAGAGAGUGGGAAGUGAAGAAGAAGAUGAAAGAGACUGUCCUGUUUGCUAUCCCGCAUCCUCUCCCAGUAUUCAUCUCUCUGAGGAGGAGAGGAGUGGAGAGAUUGACAGCAUUUUCUUCCCCUCACAGGAGCAGGGCAAGGACUGCCACAUGUCCAAAGAGGAAGAGCUAUGAUCCAAUGCAAAAUUCCCGGAGAAUUUUAAAACUGUGAAACUACAGAUGAGUGCAGAGCACCUUUCAUCUUCCUCUGGCAAACUGUGAAGGGAAUACAGUGCGUCACGUUGACAUUAUUUCCUGCAGGUUCUGGGAAAACUUGUGAUGUGUACACACCAGCAACUUUGAUUCUACGACGAACAGCUGGAAGAUGAAUUCUCUUUGAUGUUAUAAUUUAAGAAAUCCUGUAAAUACUUUUUGAUAAGCUCUGUCAUCUCUCUCUAAGGUUUAAUAU